AUGUCGUCUUCAAUCGUUCAUGGAGUUGAAUCGGCGGUGAGCUCCGUCUGGAGGACGCACGCUGUCCUCGAUGAGUCCGACGAGCCGGACAGCUCUCCCGAAGCGCCCGAGCGCUUUCGGAAACUUCGCUCGUCCUCGUCGCUCAAUUCCCUGCGUAUGUCCCUGCGGAAACGGCUGCCUCUGAGGUCCGUUCAGUCCAACAUUGAGGAGACCCCGACCUGGGAGUCAUUGGAGCAGAACCAGAAACCAAGCACAGUCCGCCUUCUGACGCGCAGUGCACGCAACUCCAUUGGAAGUGCAUAUCAGAAGCUGCAGAGGAUCCGAGUCCCGCGAGAGGAGUGCCUCGUGGCAACCCCAGGCAAGGCCCCCGUGUGCGACGAGAACAGCUGCCUGGGGGGCGGCCAGGCCGCACGCACCCCUCGCAAACCCGGCGCCCGUUCCGCCACCGUCGUGGCCACGGUCACCCCGAAACGAGCCGCUCAGCGCACCCCGAAGUCGGCGACGAGGAGGACGCCCCGGGGGUGCCGAACCCCGAAGUCCAGUGAGGCGUGCCAGGCGGUGAGGACUGGGAACUCCAGGAGGCAGCUGGUGCGAAUGGCAGCAUUGAGAAGCCCCUUUGCUUCCCCGAACACACUCAGUAACAGGAGACAGUUUGACCUGGACCUGGAGUCUGUGUCCAGCGGCUUGAGGAAGCUGAAGCGUCUCUCCCAAGCUUUCGAUGAUGUCAUCGGCAGAGACGACCGGGUCCAGGCCAUGGACCACUACCGCCAGGUCAUGGUGAGGAAUUACGGGGCGACGCAGAAUAAAUCGUCCCUCAGGGUUACCAGAGCUUCCAUCCGCUGCACGACCAGGAGACUGCGAGAGACUGUGGGCAGCUGGACUGACGUGGCCCUUUCUAACAUCCGCAAGACCAGCUAA